AUGAAGCGUGUACCAUCUCGAAAACAGAAUACUUCAGGUGAAAUCGACUCAAUUCCAUCGUCCAGUCCUCUUAUAUCGGCUGCAGCGUUAACUGCACGUAAUAGCUCAAAAACGCUCAAAUGCCCGAAAUGUAACUGGCACUAUAAAUAUCAAGAAACGUUGGAAAUACAUAUGAAGGAGAAACAUUCGGAUAAUGAGGUGAAAUGUGCUUAUUGCCUUCAAGGACGAGCUCAUCCGCGUCUUGCAAGAGGUGAAAGCUAUUCAUGUGGCUAUAAGCCGUACCGGUGCGAACUAUGCAAAUACAGUACAACAACGAAAGGCAAUCUCAGCAUCCAUAUGCAAAGUGAUAAGCAUUUACAUGCCAUGCAAGAGAUGCCUUCGGUGCUAUCAGCUAACUCUGGUACAGCGUGCGCUGAACUGGAUUCGGAAAGUACGCUUCAAUGUUUGAUAUGUUCGAAUUACUGUAGUGACAGUAUUCACGAUAUGCUCGAACAUAUAGAGCGAGACCGUAGCCGUCCAGUGAUCGGUGACAUGUCCAUAUUACACGGCGUUUACCAAUGCAACCUGUGUCCGUACAGCACGAAUCUGAAGGCGAAUUUCCAAUUGCACACUAGAACCGAUAAACAUUUGCAACGUGUGCAGCUGGUGAGUGCUAUAAUAAAUGAUUGCAUGAUUUGA